AUGAAUACAAAAACGAUCAUUCUUGUUCGACAUGGACAAGCGACUCAUAAUUUAGAAUCAAUUCCUUGGGAAGAGAGAGAACAAAUUCGAGACCCUCUUCUCACACCGUUGGGAAUCGAACAAGCAAAACAAGCAUUGAUACAUAGAUAUUCACCUUCUCUCAUUGCAGUUUCUCCAUUGCAAAGAACUGUUCAAACCUGUCUAUAUGCGUUGCACUCAAAUGGUGAAAUGGAGCAGAAGUGUUGUGCAACGAAUUUACAAAUGACUAAAUGCAUUGCCACACGAUUCGGAAAUACCAAGGUCGUGUUGCAACCCUUGCUUCAAGAAGAAAAUGCAGGAACUCUACUCUGUGACACGGGAGUUGAUGUUGCUGAGCUGUGUGAAAUAUAUGGGAACGAGUUGUUUAAUUUGGAUUACAUGUGUCAAGAAUCGAAUUGUUGGUAUAAUCCAAAGCAUAAUUUAGAAGAAAGGGUUAAGCUACUGAUUCAAUGGCUUCGUGACCGAGAGAGAAAUGUAUUGCUUUAA